CGAUGGUAUCCACGACAUCUGUCGAUGUCGACUCUUGCCAAUGCUGCUGACCCGCCUUAGAGGGACCCCUCAAUCGGGUCUUGGGGCAUUUCGAACCAGUAUAGGCUGUACGACCUGUCAUGAUACUGCACGUUAUUCUCUGCUGCAAUUGAGAUAUUCUCGGGUUGCGAACUGCCCUGGGUGUCUUUCCAUAAGCAAGAGAAACGGCAGCACAGAGGCGUCACCCGAAAAUGCCUUCAAGGAGCGGGUGCAGAAAAUUAAAGAAGCUCAUCCUGAGCCCUAUCCUCGUCUUAGAACAGAUAAUCGCAGGAUAAGCUGCAAGGAGUUUCUUUCUCGGUACAAUCACCUGGCUAAUAAUGAGACAGUAGAUGGCAUUGUCGUUCUCUAUGGUAGGAUACGUUCCUCUAGACAGAGCGGGAGCAAGUUACGAUUCUUCGACCUCUUUCAAGAUGGCCAUAAGGUACAGAUUCUGUGCAACCAGCACCGAAUUGCUGGAGUUACUCCAGCUGAAUUCAAGGAAUCUCAACGUAUUUUCCGGCGAGGAGACGCUUUCUCCGUAGCAGGUAAACCCCAUCGGACGCAGCGAGGAGAGCUUAGUCUUGAAGCGACGGAAUUGCCUCAACUGCUGUCUCCCUGUUUACACGAUAUCCCUCUCGAUCGAGAGGAUCCUGAAACCUCUCCUCACUCCCGGGUUGUUCAAUUUCUUAACCAGAACAAACUCUUCCAUGUCACCAGAGCUCGGUCGGCUAUCAUCCAAUACAUCCGCCAAUUUCUCCUUAACCGAUCCUUCAUGGAAGUUAGUACGCCUGUUCUCGCCUCGACUGCCGGCGGAGCUAUUGCCCGUCCUUUCUAUACUUCUGCAACCGAGUUUCCUGAGCGUCAGUUGUCGUUGAGGAUUGCCCCAGAGCUCUGGCUCAAGCGGUUCGUCGUGGGUGGCUUUGAUAAAGUGUUUGAGAUAGGACCGUCUUUUCGGAACGAAGGACUUGAUAGAACGCAUAAUCCCGAAUUUACAACUUGCGAAUUCUACCACGCUUAUGCCAACCUGGAAGACCUCAUGUCCAUGACUGAAAGCUUGUUUACCGGCAUUGCAGAGCAUAUUAGUCAACUAAACGAGGCAGGGGUCCUAGAGCCCACGACAGUUAACUUCACUGCUCCUUUCCGCCGAAUCGACUUCACAACGGGCAUUGAGGAAAAGAUAGGGCGCAGGCUUCCAGAUCUCACAUCCGCAGAUGCUCAAGUUCAGGUGCAGCAAAUCUUCAAUGACCUUUCCCUCCCUCUCCCCGAUAACCCGACUCUCGCACGUCUCAUGGACGAACUGUGCUCCGUCUAUCUCGAACCGCAAUGCGUAGACCCAACAUUCAUCAUCAACCCGCCCGAGUGUCUCUCACCUCUCUCGAAGACAUUCAUCCAUCCCACAAACAAGCAACGUGUCGCUGCGCGCGGCGAACUAUUCAUCGAAGGCCACGAAAUGGUAAACACAUACGAGGAGGAAAACUCCCCAUUCGAACAAAGACGCAAGUUUGAGGAACAAGCGCGAGAGAACCGUUCAGAAAAUGAGAAUGAAAAUGAAUCUGGUGAGGUUGAUGAGAGCUAUCUCAGUGCCCUGGAAUGGGGCCUGCCACCGACCGGGGGCUGGGGUUGCGGGAUUGAUCGUCUUUGCAUGCUUUUCACGGGCAUGAAGAGGAUUAAUGAUGUCUUGCCGUUUGGAAAUCUUCGGGCUGUGACUCCAGGACUUCAUGAGGUGGCUCUUAGCAAGAAGUAUGAUAUGGAUGGGGAUGGUUCUUCCAAAUAGUGUGAAACACAUGUACAGUUUCUUUUCCUUUUGGCGUAACUACACGUCAUUCAAGCAGUUGUAACAAUAUAUUCGGAUAUCCAUGAUUUUCAUAGCAUCAUACUAUAUCAGCUUG